AUGGCUCCAUCUCCUCUAGCCAACCUUGUCCUCCAAGGGACCGUCGAGCGACUAUAUGCCGGAAACCUUUUUGCAGAUAUACAACGAGGAAUCUAUUUGGUGCGGGGAGAGAACGUUCUCUUACUAGGAGAAGUUAGCUCCCAGCAUUCCACAGGCAUUUUACUGACUGCCUCGAUUGGGCAAAUUCAGGAUCUAGAUAAGGAGGACGACAUCCCCACAGGUUACCGCCAGGCACCCUUUGAAGAAGUCUUUGCAUUGAAAAAGCAAGAAGAUAACGAACGAAAGAAACGCAACAAACGCAGCAGUGCCAAACUACAAACCCUUGGCUUUGAGGCUGAGCACAGCGGAGAGGUUUUGUUUUAA